AUGCAUACUUUUUUUUCUCAGACAUCCAACCUCUACCAAGAACACCUUCAUUUCAGCCUAAAGCGUCUUCAAGCUCCCGUCACAUCCUCUAUUACCACCGUAACAUCGACAACCCCGAAUCAAAAUACACCUUCAACGCCACCAGCCACCACCCAAUUCACAAACACUGUCACAGCAGUCAGUAACACAACCAUGGCAAGUACACCUCGAGAUAACUCGGCAAGCCCGCAAUCGUCCCCCAAACCUGUCCUGGUGUCGCGCAAAAGCAUCGUGUCUUUUACAGAACCCGUGCAUCCCAAUGACAGACACAGAAACAGCGUGGUGUCUCUGCAUCAUAUAGAUCACUCCAAGGUGCUGGAAACCAACCGAAGAGUGAGUCCCACGAGCUCGAAUGGAGCUUCUGGGUGUACCACUCCUACCAUUGUCAAGGGACGGCUCGAAACGCAAUCUCUGGACGAGAUUCUGGGAUCUCUGGGUGACACACACGCUGUCGCGAGUCCCAACUUCAACCUGCACUCAGUCACGAGCAACCCCAAUCUACCUACUGCCAGUCCCACGCUGGGACCCAAGACCGUUUCUUCGGCUCCUGUGAUAAAACCUGCUGUUUCCACGCCUGCAACUGCUUCUCCCACUCUCACUGACUCGAUUUUCCCUCCGAAGACCGACUCAUCCAAGAUCCAUAUUCUAAUCGCAGCGUCGGGGUCUGUAGCAACUAUCAAGAUGCCACUCAUAGUCCAGAAGCUCAAGACUGUAUACGGAGACAAGGUGGAGGUACAGGCGAUUCUGACAACUGCAGCACAGCACUUUUUCAGCGCAGAGCAACAAAAUGAAAUGAUCGAUCUCGGGGUGCGCAUCUGGAAGGACAAGGACGAAUGGACAUGCUGGAAGAAGUCGUCGGAAAAGAUUCUCAACGCAGAGCUCAAAAAGUGGGCAGACGUGCUGCUCAUCGCCCCUCUGUCGGCCAACACUCUGUGCAAAAUCGCCAACGGCAUCUGUGACAAUCUCCUGACGUCUAUAAUUCGAGCAUGGAACCCAGCAGCACCUAUCAUUGUUGCCCCUGCCAUGAACACCAUGAUGUACAACCACCCACUGACUCAGAAGCACCUGAAUGUGAUCAACGCAGAGAUGCCCUGGAUCCAGGUUCUGUUGCCAGUUGAAAAGAAGCUGGUGUGUGGAGAUACAGGCAUUGGUGCCAUGUUGGAGUGGAGCCAGGUGGUUGACUGUUUGGUCGGUCGUCUCAGCGAGUGA